UCAGAACGAUCUACGGCGGGCUGGGACCUAACCGGGAUGCCCAAUUUUUCCACCUAACCAGACAAAGGUGUGCCUUUGUAUAUCACCCUCGUCUUCUCAGUUCUCAUUGCCAGCCAAUCCAAUUUCGCACAACUUUUUCGUCUGGUUGUUUUUCUUUGAAUAAUUUGGUCCGAGAUACGGAAAAUGGCUUACGCAUCUCAUAUUAUCAAUCACUCCAAAAAGUUAAGAAAUGCUCCCAACUUUCUGUGGCAUGAGCAUGCCAUUUUCAUUCGUUGGUUUUCAAAUCAUGCUCAGCCCUCCAUUGGUAAAAGAGAUGAUACUUGGAAGAUCCGUCGUCAUUGUUAUGUGCCUUCAGAAAGAGAGACAAUUUCCAGGUCUGCCACCAGUGGCACUAUAUCAACGUUUGGUAUACAGAAGAGAAAUAUCUCAAUGACGACAAUGAAAGUGAGAAAUCCAAUUGCGGGACUGGCACAGAAUCAAGGGUUUUCACUUUCACAGGUAUACUUGAGGAGAGAUUUUUCGUCUGAUUCAGGCCUUCCUCCACAUCAAGAGAUUGGGAUGCCUUCUCUGUCACCUACAAUGUCAGAGGGUAAUAUUGCAAGGUGGUUGAAGAAAGAGGGUGAGAAAGUUUCUCCUGGUGAAGUGCUCUGUGAAGUUGAAACAGAUAAAGCAACAGUUGAGUUGGAAUGCAUGGAGGAAGGGUAUCUUGCCAAGAUCGUACAAGGAGACGGGUCAAAAGAAAUUAAAGUUGGUGUGGUGAUUGCUAUAACAGUUGAAGAUGAGGGGGAUAUUGCAAAAUUUAAAGAUUACGAACCUUCAACAUCAGGUGCUGGCGCUGGUGCUGCUGCUGUUCAAGAGUCACCCGCUCCACCAAAAAAAGAGGUAGUUGAACAACCUGUCAGUUCACCGGAGCCAAAGACAUCCAAGCCUACUGCAGCACCUCCUGCUGAAGAUCGCAUUUUCUCUAGCCCUCUUGCCAGAAAAUUGGCGGAAGAAAACAAUGUGCCUCUCUCAAGUAUUAAAGGAACUGGUCUUGAUGGAAGCAUUGUAAAGGCGGAUAUUGAAGAUUACUUGGCCUCUCGUGGGAAGGAAACCCCUAAGGCUCAUGCUGCUACUCCUGCAGCAUUAGAUUACACUGACAUUCCUCAUUCUCAGAUAAGGAAGAUCACAGCUUCGCGCUUAUUAUUCUCUAAGCAAACUAUUCCCCAUUAUUAUCUAACAGUGGAUACAUGUGUUGACAAACUCAUGGAUUUGCGGAACCAACUCAAUUCAUUACAAGAAGCAUCUGGUGGAAAGCGGAUAUCUGUUAAUGAUCUUGUUAUUAAGGCUGCUGCUUUGGCUCUUCGUAAAGUUCCUCAGUGCAAUAGCUCAUGGACAGAUGAGCACAUCCGCCAGUAUCACAAUGUGAACAUUAAUGUUGCCGUACAGACGGAUAAUGGACUCUUCGUCCCGGUCGUUAGGGAUGCAGACAAGAAAGGUCUAUCCAGAAUAGGUGAAGAGGUCAAGCAAUUAGCCCAGAAAGCCAAAGAGAAUAGUUUAAAGCCAGAAGAUUAUGAGGGAGGUACAUUUACAGUGUCAAAUUUAGGAGGGCCUUUUGGUAUCAAGCAAUUUUGUGCCAUCAUUAAUCCUCCUCAAUCAGGCAUUCUUGCAGUUGGGUCUGCUGAGAAAAGGGUUGUACCAAGCUCAGGCCCCGAACAAUUCCAGUUUGCUUCUUUCAUGCCUGUAACAUUGAGCUGUGAUCAUCGUGUUAUUGAUGGUGCCAUCGGUGCCGAAUGGCUGAAAGCAUUCAAAGGCUACAUCGAGAAUCCUGAGUCAAUGUUGCUCUAGAAUGAUGGCUUGCUUCUUUCUCUUCAUGUAAUUUUCCCCUUCGCUGUAAUCAACCAAGAAGAGGAGCUUGACUGCAAUUCAGCUGUUCCGAUUGGACUUGUGAUAAUUGUACCAUUGAGCAGGUUUCUUCCUUUGUAGAGUUAACUCGGUGAAAUAAUGUUUGCAUAAAUAUUUUUGGGAAUAAAGGGAGGGGUGGAUCAGGCAUGAGUGAUGCACUGAAUUUUGGUUAUGUAAACAGAUUUUGUUUUGUCAGAUUAGUACGUAUACUUUUGAAAGAAUUUGUUAAUCUGCUUUA